GGUUGCUGCUGGGAUUAUAGGUGUGCACCACCAUGACUGGCCUCUUUAAAAUUUUAUCCUGUCCCUGCAUUAAUGUAGGGUGUGUGUGUGUGUGUGAUAUACACUUCUCUGCCUCUUGAUUUUGCAGCUGGUUAGGAUAAUGAUUUCAACCUGCAGGGGAUUAAAAAGAUCAUUCAGUGCCAGUUCUAAUAGAAGAUAACUUGGGGAAAGAAUAUCAGAUUCUGGUAGUUGUCUUAAGGUUUUAGUUAUUAAAAGUGAUUCUUACCUAUGGCAAGGGUGCUGUGGAGACGUCUAGGUUCUCUAUAGUUCUCUCCCUCUCCCCCACCCCCCUGACUUUUGCUGGCUUCCCAGGCCUGCCAUUUGGGAAGGGCGCUGAUUGCUGGAAUUGAGGAAGUUUGCAGAAGUUUCCCCAGCUGACAGCAGUGCACCCUGCCUCUACCCCACCCUUGCCCGCUUGUCAGGAAAGUCAAGCAAUUAAUUGCCUAGCAGGAAUUGCCACUCAAUGUAAUGACUCAUGGGUUGUAAAAAAACUGUUUGUAAGGAUUAGCACAUGCUGACAUUUUUGACACAGGAAUCAAACUGUGGAUUUCCAUCUUCCUUUGUCAAGUUUCUAGAUAAAUGGCCAGAUGGGAGAAUUUUGCAAGUUUUGCCAUAUCUCAACAAAAUAAUUAUUACUGCUCCUGGAAAAGCUACAGCUGCGCAGUGAGGGGGAAUGGACCCAGCCUUUUUCCUGCACCCAAGAUUCCUGAACAGCCAGCUGGAAAUUCACUUAUGCCUCAGGAGACCACAGCUGCAUCUGAACACCAAGAUGAGGACCCACUAGAAGAUUCACAUCUUCAUUUGGAUAUUGAAGAAUUAAACAAGGAGUUUAUGUUGAGAAGUGAAGAACUCUAUGACUCCCUCAUGAAUUGUCACUGGCAGCCUCUGGAUACAGUCCACUCGGACAUCCCAGAUGAGACCCCAAAGUGAAGCAAGAAAAUGUCAAUUGGAACUAGAUGUUUGUUCUCCACUGACCCUGGGGUGCUCUGUAAGAAAGCUGGUGUGACGGUGGAAGACAGUGGAGAUGAACUUGUCUCAACUGAACAGAAAGAUUCCUAAGCAUGGAAAAAAAAAAUUGCCUUUUCCAGAUUGUUGAUUUUCUAAGAGGAAAGAAUUGGGCCUUUGUAAAAGCCAGUUCUGGAAAAUAAAUAAAAGUCAGUGCAGAAACUUCA